GCUUAAGGCUAAUAUGUAGAUAUAUAUAUACAAGUAUAUACAUUAGCUGCUUGGACAAAUGUAUUUUAAGUAGAAAAGCAGCAUAUCUUUUAGCCAGGAAACUGAAGACUUUUCAAAAUAAGAAACAGCUGAUCAGCCCAUUGAGAGACGCAAGGCUCCCCAACCUUCAUAAAUCUUCAUAAUUGGGUUAAUAGUUCUGAUAGGCUUAUUGUGAACAUUUUAUAUCAAAUUUAUUGCAUAAUAUAAAAAGUAAUGAUAAGAAGGAAUCUUUUAUUUACGAAGUGAGAAGAAAUGUUAUGAUUUUUUUUAGUGAGAAUUAGAGCAAGAGUGUACGUCACGGUUGGUACUACUGGUCUGACAAAGAAAGACAAGAACACUCUUGACUGGACCAAAACAACAACCAGGUUCCAAUAAUAUGUCAUUCUCAUGACCAUCCAUAAAUACUAUAUUAGUUCACCUUAUAAAAAUAGCCUGAUUACUCAGAUAAAAAUGUUUAUUACAAUUAAAAUUUGUUUUUCAUUGUCAAGUCACACGUAGACGCUUACUGGAAUUUGCAUUAUAUUUUAUAGUCUUUGCUGUCGUGGCUAAAAUAAUAGAAAAACAUAGGUACGUUCCAGUAAUAUAUAUUAUAUCAAUUAUUGCAGAACUUAUCGAAAAUUUGGUCUAGUGAGGCACUUAAAUGGAAUCAAUAAAUUAAAGAAAAAGUUGUUUGGUAGAUGAUGGGCUUAAAGUAGCAAUAGUGAGAGUUAUAUUUUUGUGUGUUAGUUCAGUUGUGGUAGUAGAGGCGAGUCGAUGGUCGUGGCCGUGUGAAUGGUGCGCACCACAACACUUUCCCUGACAUUUCUCGCCAGUGUGAAGCAGAAGUGGUGUGGCUUCACCACGGCGUUCACGUAGACACACUGGCCUCCUGGCAAAACCCACAAUACGGUGGAGUCUCUCCGCCUCCACGGAAGAAACGUAAGCAAUCUUCCGAGGACACCAGCAGUAGCACAGACAAUAUGCAGCAGCAGACUCAGCACCAGCACUCGCAGCAGCAACAGCAAGCAGCUAAUGGCGCUAGUGAAGUGCAGCACAAUGGACAAACUGAUGGAUGUGAGGGGAACACAGCAGAGGCUCAGAAUGGUGUGAGAGAAGAAGAGUCUUCACCAAAGUUGAGUGUGGUGCAGCAAGAGAUGGUUCGUCUUAUUGGACAACAUCUCGUCGAGCUCGGCCUUAAAAAGAGUGCUGAGCUAUUGAUGUCUGAGUCUGGGUGCCGUCUAGACCACCCAGCUGCAGCAAGAUUUCGUCACUGUGUUAUGAAUGGUGAAUGGACCAAAGCUGAGACAGCUCUUACUGAGUUGCGUACCAUGCUUGAUGACCCCUCCAGUCUUACAGAGAUGCAUUUCUUACUACUGGAACAGAAGUACCUGGAGCUGCUGGAGAGCGGACAGGUGCUGGAUGCACUGACCUGCCUCCGCUCACAGCUCACACCACUGAAGCACAACAUGGAUCGUGUUCAUCAACUAUCAAGCCUUAUAUUUAUGUCAAACCCCGAGGAGCUGAGAACUGCAGCACGUUGGACUGGCAUGGGCAAGGAUUCCAGGAAAGAGCUCAUGGAUCGUCUUCAGCAUUUUCUGCCGCCUUCAAUAAUGUUGCCUCCACAUAGACUUGAAACGUUAAUUCUUCAAGCAGUGGAGCAGCAGCGUACCCAGUGUGCCUACCACAACACUCGCAGUGACAGUCAGGUGAGUAGAGGAGGUGAUGACGACAGCACUCAACGUUAUGCCAAGGUGCUUGGCUCUGGGGGCUCCUUGCUCAUGGACCACUCAUGUUCGAGAAAUGCCUUCCCGGGAACUACCGUCCAGAUCCUUGCCGACCACUGCGAUGAGGUCUGGAUAGCUCGCUUCAGUCCUGACGGAAGUAAAUUGGCAACAGGAUCUAAGGAUUCAACUGUUAUAAUUUGGGAUGUUGAUCCAGCAGCAGACGAUGCUACAGCAGCAGCAGACGAUGCUACAGCAGCAGCAGACGAUGCUACAGCAGCAGCAGACGAUGCUACAGCAGCAGCAGACGAUGCUACAGCAGCAGCAGACGGUACUACAGCAGCAGCAGCAGCUGACGGUGGUACAACAGCAGCAGCAGCUGACAGUGCAGCAGCAGCUGACAGUGCAGCAGCAGCUGACAGUGCAGCAGCAGCUGACGGUGGUACAGCAGCAGCAGCAGCUGUACCACCAAUAGUAGCGAUGGUUGAUUGGGGUUUAUUAUACAACCUGGCCAGCUCGGAGACACGCACUCCACUUUCAUACUUAUCAAUGAUCUUUUUCUUCAUCUCUAUAGUAAUUCUCACCCUUAUUGCUGUAGGGUUGGCACUAGAAGCUUUCUUGGGGCCCAUGGUCACUUAUUUUCCAGAAAAAAAUCACCUUUAUGCGGUACUUGAAAGAAAUCAAUAUCCUACUGAACUUUUAAUUGAUCUGCGUAGAUCUUUUGAUAACGUUGACCGUGAUAUUCUUCAUAAACUUAAUCACUACAGACUCAGAAGGCACGCAUAUAGCAAUUUAAAUUCUGCUUAA